AUGGCAGGAAAAAGGAAACGGACGCGUCACAGCGCUUCUGACCACGACCAGAAGCGCCAAAAGAUCUCAAAGCCUUCCCCAGGCACCGGAAACAGCAAAGACCCCAUCAUCAAACAAAUCUUGCUCUCCCAAUAUUACCCCCAAGUCCUCACUCUGCGCGAAUAUCUCUUCCAACGGCUCCCAAACACAUCCAAAAUCCGGAGAAAGAAGAUAUUAUCAGUUGGACGCGACCCAUCAGAGGAGGGUUUAUCUGCAUUCAUUGACAGUACGUUGGUUGGCGUAUCUGUAUGUACACAGGCAUCACAGAAGGAGCGAUGGCAGCAAUGGACUACUUUCUCACAAAGAGCUGAUGAGUCCGCAUCGACAUUUAUCAAUCUGAGCUCGCCAGGAGUCUUUUCACAGUCGGAGAUUGUUGACUUUGCCAUCUGGUUACUCUUCUCUAAAAAACAUGCAACAAAUGGACGUGUUCAACAUUUGUUGUGUCAAGGAUUUCAGAAAGAUAUCUAUUCCCGUGCCAUGAGACAUGAAGAGAAUCAUAUCUCUGGCAUACCAGGAGUGCAGUCUGUGUAUCCAAAUAUUCACGUGACGUCUAUGAAAUCAACACCCUGGCCACAGGUCUUGUUGCUGAUGGGAAAAGAAGGCGAGAGAGCAAUGAUUGAUUUGAUUCUUGAUUGUGGGAUUUUUCUGGAAGUUGAGAGUGGACGCGGGGUAUAUCAUCAAUUAUGUGGACUUCCACUGGGUGAACUACAGACGUUACCAGCCGAGAAUCCACCCGCAAAGUCUCCUGUGCUCAAAUCUAAGCAGAAUAAAGUGGUGAAUCAUGGUCCCUCAUCCAUAACUCUAGUACGAAACCGUAUUUUCUAUGCUCGAGCUGCUCUUAACGCAAAAGGGGGGGUUCGAUUUGGGCUUCGACACAUUCAUGUACUCAACCGCUAUCCACUCGAACGCGCUACCUCUGAUGCACCAAGUUCGACUGAACAAAGCACCAUCCACGUGAUGAUGUACCUAUUCCCUAGACAAUUUGGCCUCCAUAACGUCUUUACUAAUGAGGUUGAUUCCAAAAAGACAGUCCAGCCUUUCAUGGACUAUACGCUUCGAGAGGAUGAGAUGAAUCAGAAGUACCCGCCAGCCAUACCACCCAAGAUUCCAAAGAGACUGCGUGGGAAAGCAGCGCAGUUGGUGCGGAAGUUGCAAGUUCUACACGACAGAUGUUCAUAUAAAGCGCUGAUAGAUUACUAUUGCCCUGUGGUUGAUGGAUCGCCUCAAUUUCCUAUCCCAAAGUCUCAGCCUAAACCAAGCAACGAGUCAUCAAUACAGCUAAAAACUCAAAUGACUCCUAGCACCAUCAGCAGUAUGGUGAGUCCUUUGAAGUCCAAAGAAAUUGCUCCUCAAAAACCAUCUAUGAUGAAUUAUGCGACCCCUGAGCCAAUGGUCUCUGCUUUCUGCCGUGCAGUUCUUCUGAAGCUCGUUCCCAAGGAAUUUUGGGGCUCUGGAGACGUACAGGCCCACAAUGAGAAGACAUUUCUCAAGAACGUUAAUCGUUUCAUCGGGCUUCGAAGAUUUGAAAGCUUGACACUUCACGAUGUAUCCCAAGGACUACAAAUCUCCGAUAUCGAAUGGCUACAAUCUCCAAAUACCACCGGCGCCAAGAUGUCCCAAUCAGAUCUAGCCAAACGACUCGAGAUUUUCCACGAGUUCAUCUACUACCUCUUUGAUUCCCUUCUUAUUCCCCUCCUCCGCGCUAAUUUCCACAUCACCGAAUCCGGCAUCCACAAAUACCGCCUUUUCUACUUCCGCCACGAUGUAUGGCGAUCUCUAGCCGAGCCGGCAAUAGCAGCCCUCAAGCUGACCAUGUUUAAGGAAGUAAAGGCAGGGCAGGCGAGAAAACUGCUGGACUCGAGAACGCUGGGUUUCAGUCAAGUGAGGUUACUACCGAAGGAAACUGGGGUUCGGCCGAUCAUGAAUCUAAAGCGGAGGAUGAUUAAGAAGAGUUGGAAUAAUACGCUUGGGCCGAGCAUAAAUUCUGUUCUUGCGCCAGUGUACAACAUCUUCAGCUAUGAAAAAGCCACAAACCCCACCCGUCUCGGUUCAACCCUCUGGUCAGUUGGCGACCUUUACACUAAACUCAAAGCCUUCAAAUCCACACUCACACCCUCCUCGACACCCCUCUACUUUGUCAAAGUCGACGUACAGGCAGCAUUCGACACCAUCCCGCAAUUCGCCAUCUUAUCUCUAAUGCGCAGCCUACCCUCGGAAUCCGAAUACCUGAUCUCCACACACGCCGAAUUCAAAGCCCCAUUUUCAGCCUCCUCAAAACCAACCCGCAAAUUCCCCGCCUUAGCACACCCUCUCGACGACUGCCAAACCUUCUCCGAAAUCCUCUCGUCAGACCUAGCAGUAGGCAGGAAAAACACUAUAUUCGUCCCAAACAUCGUCCCGCAAGUCCGAGACACAGAUGCGCUCUUGCGCUUAUUGGAAGAGCACAUCCAAAGGAACAUCGUGAAGAUAGGGAAGAAGUUCUUCCGCCAAGCAGCCGGUAUACCUCAAGGAUCCGUCCUCUCUUCUCUCCUCUGCAACUACUUCUACGCCGAUCUAGAAUCUACACAUCUCUCGUUCCUCCAAAGCCCCGACAGUGGAGAUAAUCUGCUAAUGCGCCUCACGGAUGAUUUCUUGCUCGUUACCACGAAUCGCUCGCAUGCCAAACGAUUCCUACAAAUAAUGCAUGACGGUGUCCCUGCCUAUGGCGUAAAAGUUAAUCCGGAUAAAACGCUCGUGAAUUUCGAAGUCACUGUUAAUGAGAAGAGAAUUAAGAGACUGCUUGGGACGACUAGUUUCCCUUAUUGUGGGAGUUUUGUGGAUACGAAGACGCUGGAUAUUACGAAAGAUCGCGAGAGAAGAAAAGAUGUUUCGAUCGCAGAUUCAAUGACCGUUGAAUUCUCCAAAAUCCCAGGAAAGACUUUCCAUAGAAAGAUUUUAAAUACGUUUAAAAUCCAAGCCCACGCCAUGUUCCUCGACACAUCUUAUAAUUCCCUCAGCACCGUCUUACGCAACAUCCACAGCGCAUUCCUCGAAACCGCUAUGAAAACAUGGACGUACAUCCGUCUCCUACCUCCUGGGAAAAAACCCAGGUCUGGAUUGUUGAAAAACACGAUUAUCGAUACAAUCGACCUAGCAUUCGUGCUGAUGAAAAGUAAGGGGCGGAAUGCUACGGUGAAUAAGGAUAGGGGGGGUGUGGGGUAUAAGUGUAAAGUUACUAAGGUUAUGGUUGAAUGUCCUCUCGCAAAUGGCCUUAACGACCUCAAGCUAAUCACCGAAAUCGGCAAAUCAAGGCUUGCGAUGCACGCGUUUAUAAAGGUGCUUAGGAAACGGCAGAGUGGGUAUGGGGAGAUAAUCGCUUGGUUGGAUGCGAAGAUCGAGAGGAUGGGGGUGGGGGAUAGGAGGAUGGAUGGGAUUAUUAGGGAUAUGGCGGGGAAGGGGAUGGGAGGGUGA